AUGGAAUCGAGGAUGCAGGACAGCCACAAGUCUUUCCUCAUCAAGGAUCUGCUGGGCGACGUGUUGAGGCCGGGUGUAGGGGUUACAGGUACAUUACAAGAAGUUGAAGAUAAUUCGAACAAUAGAUGCGAUUCGGCGAUAACACAUAAUCCUGAAGAUUCGGACAUCGAUGAUGACAUAUCUGUAGGGGACAACCGUUCAGAGACAUCGACUCCUAAAAAGAUUCAGGUUACAUAUGGAAACGAAUCUGAAGGAUACGAGAGGAAGGCGGACUGUCAAAAAAGAACCGAAUCGGAAAACGAACGAUCAACUCCAAUAGAAUAUAAUCCCAAUCGAAUACCAAAUUCAGAAUAUUCUUCCCCAUUUAAAGAAGACGAGCACGACUAUGAACGUCCAGAAGAGUCAGUGAAGCUUUAUGAAGGUUCCCUAUUCCAGCUUUAUAGGCCAGACAGGGAAGGAGCGAAGGAUGGUGAAAGUGCGUUUGAAGUAGCGGGCUCUAUAUCUGAAAGUAUUUAUGGCAGGUCUAUGGAUCUAACGAAGAAUACUUUCCAGUCGCAAUUGUUGGCCGGGUUCGCUGCGUCCGUGAUGGCGGGCAGCUCGCAAAGAGACGGGCAGGAUUCUUCUGAUCGCCAAUCAGGCCGAAGUGGGGGUACACCUAACUCAGGUCGGAAACCCCGUCGCCGACGCACCGCGUUCACACACGCGCAACUCGCGUACUUGGAGCGCAAGUUCAGAUGUCAGAAGUACCUGAGUGUUGCUGAUCGCGGAGAUGUGGCCGAUGCGCUUAACUUAAGCGAAACUCAAGUCAAGACUUGGUAUCAAAAUAGGAGAACAAAAUGGAAACGUCAAAAUCAGCUACGUCUGGAACAGCUCCGCGCUCAGGCAGCGACCGGUGAAAGAGAACUGUCUGCGCAUGCGCUGCCUCUCGCCUGCGCGCUCCUACCCCCAUACCCCGCGUAUAUGCACUGCCAUUUGUAA